AGAAGGUGGUACAUGCCAGGUCUGGUGUCAAAGUUCAUAAGAGCUGCAGUGCGCGGUUCUGUCGCGCCGGGGUUUUAAUCUCUUAUUUUUUGAAACAGAUCGCCGUUUUGCUUUUAUUUAAUUCUAAAAGAUGGCCUCAGAUUCAGGCUACGGUCAGCCUGGAGCUCAACAAAGCUAUGGCUCGUAUGGUGGAUCCCAAAGCUAUCCAAGUGGACAGCAGGGAUUUGGUCAGGGUAAUGGAGGUGCCUCUUAUGGUGGACAAAGCUUAGGUGGUUACGGCCAGCCUGCUGCCGAAAGUUACGGCCAGCCAACCCAGGGAUAUUCCUCUGGUGGCUAUGGGCAACAGCCGGCACAGGUGCCUCCGCAGGCGCCGCAGCAGCCCAGCUAUGACAGCUUUGUGCAACAAAGCUCGGAAUCCUCGUCUGGAUAUGCUGAAAAGUCGUAUGGGCAACCACGCUCGUAUGGACAGCAAUCAGAAGGAACUGGUGCUGCGGCAGGGUAUGGUCAGUCCGGCAGCUCAUAUGGCGGGUCCCAAGGUGGAUACGGACGACGCAACGAUGGUGAAAGUCGUAGGUUUGGUGACGAUGGUGGCUCAGAAAGGUCUGAAGGGUACAGGGGCAGAGGUCGUGGGGGUUAUGAUCGUGGUGGUUAUGACCGCGGAGGCUAUGAAAGAGGUGGUCGUGGAGGACCACCCUCCGGUAUGGGUGGUGGUGACCGUGGUGGCUUCAAAAAUUACGGUGGACCCAGAGACUUUGGUCAAAAGGAUGAUGGUGAUGGUGACCAGGACAACUCUGACAAUAAUACCAUCUUUGUCCAGGGUCUUGGUGAAGAUGUGUCUCCUCAGGAAGUGGGCGACUACUUCAAACAGAUUGGAAUCAUAAAGCUCAAUAAAAAGACUGGCCAACCCAUGAUCAAUCUGUACACCGAUAAAGCCACUGGUCGACUGAAGGGUGAAGCCACGGUGUCAUUUGAUGAUCCACCUUCAGCCAAAGCUGCCAUUGACUGGUUUGAUGGGAAAGAAUUUAAGGGAACUUCCCUCAAGGUGUCGUUUGCUACCCGACGGGCUGAGUUCACUCAGAGGGGAGGUGGCAGAGGACGUGGAGGUGGUGCUGGUGGUGGCGGCGGAGGCGGUGGUGGAAGUGGAGGAUUUAGAGGCAGAGGUGGCUUUGGAGGUGGGCCCUCGUUUGAUGUCAGAGGAGGAGAUUGGCCUUGUCCUAACAGCUCAUGUGGCAAUAUGAACUUUGCCCGAAGAUAUGAAUGCAACAAGUGCGGCACGCCAAAACCAGAAGGUGAAGGAUAUGGAGGAGGAGGUGGUGGAGAACGCGGUAGUCGUGGUGGAUAUGGUGGAGACCGUGGGGAUCGCGGAGGCUAUAGAGGUGGCAGAGGAGGUGGCUUUCGAGGUGGAGACCGUGGUGGUGGUGGAUACAAAAUGGGCGGAAGGGGAGAUCACAGAGAAGAAAGACGAGGCCGUCCUUACUGAAGACUUGAUGUGGAUGCCAUUCCAGCCCUUUGCUUAUUGUAGGGGGGAGGGACAGGGUGUAGAUGGGAAGAGGGUAACUAGAAAGGAUUUGUCUGCGUACCUUUCUGUGCAUGAGCAUCCUGCAUAUGGUCUGAAUCAAGGAAUAUUUCCUGUUAACGUUGAAUUUACUGUGAGGAAAGCUGGGAAAUGGCUAAAAUUGCCCCGUAUUUCAUCUGGGGGCUGCUUCUCUUCCGUUUGAGACCUGUGAGAGAAGUUUGGCCACAGAUCAACUUUAAAGGGGUACUUCUGCUCUAGGUAAAUAGGGGGUGGGUCAUGUUAUUUGUUGUUUUUUAAUUUCCUGAUGUGUAGAAUCCGGCGUUAAGUGCGUGACUAGAUUUGUAAAAUGCUUAUUGUUUUGUAAAAUCAACAUGGACCGUUUUACUUGGUUUUUCUUUUUGCAAAUAUUAAACACCCGUAUGAUCUUAA